UUAUAAACUGAUUAUGUUGGUUCGCGAUUACUGUGCGAUUUUUGUGCGAUUGUUGUGCGAUUAUUUGAAACAAUUUUGGUAAUUUGCUGUGCGAUUUCCUGCGAUUCGUUGUGCGACUUUUAUGCGACUUCUUUCUAACUGUUUUCAUUUGGAACACAGCAAAUUGAUGCCAUGGCGCACUUAUUGAGAAGAAGACGGACCCUGUACCCGGAAGUCUACACCCGAAAAGGUGUAGUUUUGGACACAUCUGCUCCACAGUUCUUUUCCAUGUUUUGGAAUAUGUGUGAGGGUGACAGGAGCAAGAUCAAAUGGGAUGAGAGCGUCAUGAGCUACGUGCAGGGGAUACCGCACAGAUACUUGCCAUGUUGGGAGAAGCAGGAGUACAUAUACUUUGUGUUGCACCUUCCCAAAGAGCGCCACUGGGUGGCAGUUGAGGUGGAUAUCGAGAACUGGGAGAUCAUUGUAUAUGAUUCCGAUAUCGGUGCCACCGUUGAGGCAGCCAUGGAGUCAUAUUUGAAGCCUUACAGCGAGCUCUUUGCAAAUCUAAUUCGAGAUAGCGGUUAUUUCCAAUACAACAAUUAUGUACAUCCGGUGGAGUUGGGCGAUCUCAGUCAGCUCCUACCCCUCCAUUAUAGACGAGCUACCUCGGAGGUUGUACCACAAACGAACGGCAGUGGCAAUUGUGGAGUGUAUGCCAUGGAGCACAUUGAGCACUUGAUGCUGGAUCGUUCGUUGGAGCAUGUGCAUGAUGAUAACAUGCUCACCUUUAGACAUAGGUGGUGUGUGGACCUAUUUUACCAGAACUUAACGUGGUAGUUUUUUGUAGGUUUUUGCAAUGUUAAUCUUGUACACAUAAACUCCCCUUUUGUAAUUGUAUUAUAAUCUCACCAAAUUUAUAUAUAACAAGUAAAUUUAAAGCUAUUUAAAUUGUUGCUUGUAUCAA